AUGAAGGUCUCACCUCCACUAUUUCUUUUUGGUACAAUUUUUCUUUCUCAUCUUGGUGCGGCUGGUCCGUUGUGGCGUAAUGGAACAAGUAGGAACUUUAUACGCGGAGGUGAAAGGAAAAGAGAUAGCGUUACUCCCAUCGCGAUCACUAUCUUACCUGGGACGGUCACUUCUUCGAUAAUCAGUUCUACAGCUCAACCCGAAUCCACAUUGUCAAUAGAAAGAACCACCAUAUCCAGCACGAGUGUAACGGUGCUUUAUUCACAGGCGAGCAGUACUUCACCGACGUCCGUGGUACAAUCAACAGAGGGAUCGAAGACGACGAGAUCUAAAAGUGCGACAGGUACUGCUAGUACUUCAUCGGACGAGGAUAACGAAUCCAAGACGUCGUUAAGCUCCGCUACACCUUCUUCGCAGCUGUUAUCUUCAAUCAUAUCGAGUCCAGGAGGUACAGCCCCGGCACGAUCAAGCCAAGCUUCAAGUACUGAAACCAGAGAUGGAAGCGGAAUUCUAACCGCAACGGAAUUGACACUUACUAUUAAUCCACCGCUAAAUACAGCGCCCACCGGAAAACCUUCUACAAAGAGUGAAACAUCAAGUCAGGGUGCAUCUGAAUCACAAGCUAGUUCUUCCUCUUCGAACAAAGUUUCUUUGCAGACUACGACUUUUGCGCCUCUACCUACCACUUUGCCUGAGAGCAGUCUUACGAGGAAAACUUCUUCAACGUUAUUGGAUAGUUCGACACUAUCGAGUCUGAAUUCUGUUCAGACCACGACAUUCCCAUUGCUUCCAACUACCUCUUCAAAGGCUACUGCAACUCCAGAAAGCUCUUCGGGUGAAACUUCCAAGGGGUCUUCCUCAGCAACUUUAACAUCAGUACCGACAUCAGUGUCGAGUAUAUCAGUCGCACCAUUUGGUACUGGAAACUCAACCACGGCAGCCACAGGAAUUCCGCAAAGUUCCAGUAAUUCAGAUCCGAGUUCUGAAUCCACGGUUGGUGUUACAACGAAAGCAUCUGGGAUCACUUCCCAGACUUCUAUAAGGGAAACGCUAUCACCUAUUACGGUUCUAUCAAGCACUGCUGGAACCUCAAGCUUAGCGGGGAGUGUCUUGUCGACGAAGGAGACUUCAAAGGUUACGGCUCAACCGCAGAGCACUAUUGCACAGUCUAGGAUGACGGUGACUCAGGCGUCAAUUUCUACCACAGGAGCAUCCGAGCAGAGUAUUACUCCUCAAACCUCAAUAACGGGAGAUUCGUCUCAGGCAACAUCGAGUGAUUCCCUGCAAACUACAUUCGUAUACGUGACCACAGUUGUUCCAUCUUCCACUCUUGGAGUUAUCCCAACCUCUUCAUCUCCAUCCACAACCUCAACUUCAUCUAUACCUGUAAGAACCACAAAGCUUGACUCUUCUACAUCAUCAUUUUCUUCAGCGGCAACAAUUAUCAAGACAUCUGAGGUCUCUUCAUUUUCCUCAUCUUCAGAGCCACAAACUACAGUUUUCCCCGAACUACCCACCACACAGCCUGCUAGCACAGCAGAAAUCUUCAUAACAACCAUAACACCAUCAACAAAAACAAGAGAAUCAUCUUCUGGCACCACAAAAAUACCUACCUCGACAUCCUCCAUCAAAGAAACCACCAUUCAAGAAUCUGUACUCACACCUACAACCCCGAGAACCACAACCGAUGUCCCCAAAACUACAGAAAUAGCUAGCACUGUGAUCAUCAGUGUAAACACCGCAGAUUCGAAUAAUGGGGCUGUAACUGCAUUAACCAUUAUUCCCGUUACUGCUGGAUCCGGUUCUAAAUCUAAUUCUGGAUCUGGCAAUGACGCUCCCAAAACCACAACUAGUGAUGAAAAUGCAGGGACAACCACAUCCAUAAUCAUCAUCAACACUAGUCCCACAGCUAUCACAACAGCUGGAGGUAAUGGUCUAGCACAGACUACACCUUCUCCUGUACCCAUUUCUCCGACUCCUGUUCGCACAUCUACAAGUGCGAUAGAUGAUGGGCUGAAAACAACAACGCUGAGUAUCUCGCCACCGAGAGAAACGAGUGUUACGAUUGCUGCUGCACCUGCACUGACGUCUGCGCCUGUAGCGACGAGUGUGAGCGUAGCAGGGAAUGUUUGUUUGGGGGUGGGAGGGGAUGGGAAAAUUACUAGUAUGAGUAGUUGUGUGGGUGGUGCGACGGAGACGCAGACAGAGACGGUGAGUGUGACGGUUACGGCGAGGGAGACGGUUACGGUUAGGGGAUAG